CUCGGACCGCGUGCCUCGCGACGGUUUCGUGUUUACGUUUCACCGCUUCCUGGUGCGUAGCGGGCCAAAGAGAGGAGAAUGGCCUUCGCAAUGCGGUUGUCGUUCCCUUUCAUCUACCGCGGCCUCAUCCUGUUCGCCGACGUGUCCAAGGUGCCCGCCGAAGAAGAAGAGAUGAACGCUGCGCAGCUCAUCGGCAAGUUCACCCUCAAGGAAGUCAGCUCGGGCAAGAGCGUGACGGUGGAGUCACUUUGGCGUGACCAGACAUGCGUGCUCAUGUUCUUCCGCCGCUGGGCGUGCCCCUUCUGCCGCCUGGACGCUGUGCGCCUCAGCCGCAUCAAGCCGCAGCUGGACGCUGCUGGCGUGCGCCUCGUUGGCAUCGGCCACGAGAACAUUGGCCUCGAGGACUUCCGUCGAGGCGAAUACUUUAAAGGAGAACUCUAUGUCGAUGAAGAGAGGAAUGCAUACAAGGCCCUUCAAUACAAGAGGUUCAGCUGGUUCACCAUCAUUCCUGCGAUCCUGACAUCUUCAGCGAGAGCCAAGGCUGCUGAGGCCAAGUCUGAGAAGGUGGGGGGUGACCUGACCACGGGAGAUGGCCUGCUCAUGGGUGGCACACUCGUCGUGGAAAAAGGUGGCAAGAAAGUGCUCCUCAACUACCACCAGGAUACGCCCGAGGGCUUUGUCGGCAACAGCGCCAUCCUGGAUGCCCUGGGCAUUUCAUGCUGAAUUUACAGCACAAUGUGGGGCCAUGCUUCUUGUUUUGUGCUAUAAACAGCACUGUGUGUAAUGCCUUUUGGCUGCUUCUUAACACUGAGCGAAGUACAUUGUGUUGAUUAAAGUGUGGAGUUGGGCUUGUUGGUACAUAAUUCUGGCACACUGCAGCGCAAAAGAACACACAACGGACGGAAUACGAACGACGAUGACGACGAGCACUGAACUUGCAACAACCUUUCCCCAGCCCCUCCUCAUUUCGGUCACAGAGAGCCUGCUGAAGAAAUUGCGCCAUCGCCCGCAAAGUUGUGAAGCCAGCGCACCGCACAGGCAGAAGGUGGCUGUGAUACCUUACGUGCACAAGCUUUCCCAUAACUUGAAAAAGGUGGCCCAGCGGUACAACGUGAAAAUCGUAUUCGUGGCACCACACAAGCUGUCUAAGCUCUGCAGAUUGACCGACCCAGAGGCAAGGAAGCAGCAGGUCUGUGGCACAAAGCACAGGCGGCCCUUUGUUGAUUGCGCAGAAGGGGUGGUUUACGAAAUUCCUUUAAAGUGCGGAAAAGUGUACGUUGGCCAAACCGGGAGAUGCGUCAACGGUAGGCUAAGGGUGCAUGCGAACAACGUAAAAAAUGCGCGUGAUGGAAAGGAUUUUAAAGGUUUCCUAGCCAGCCAUUGUAUAAUGUAUAACCUGUCAGGAUUGCGCACCCGAACUAAAUAACACGUCCGUCAUUAAGAAGAGCAAAACGCGAAUCAUCCAAGAAAUCAUAGAAGCAGAACGCAACUGUUGAAAGAAAUUUGGCAGCCUGGGGGAAAGGUGUGUAAGUGUGCCGCCCCUACACCGAACUGAUAAAGAGAUGGCGUACCUAUGCAUGUGUAGUGGAUGACGUCUGCGUCGGACAGCAUAAAUAUAUGUGCAAUUUUUACGAUAAAGGUUGUUGCAAGUUCAUCGCUCGUCGUUGUCGUUCAUGUUCCAUCCGUUGUGUUUUUUUUUUGUGCUGCAUUGUACCAGAAGUACAUUGUGUUGCUUGGCAACCCAGCUGUCUCACGUGCUGGGCUUGCAUUGGCAUGCGUCUACACUUUCCACUUUACUGUUAAUGGAGGCUUUGUCGAGAGGUUCUUUUGUGAUGGAUAAGUACAAAUAUAAAAUUAAGCCUCCAGGCUAAGCUUCGUAAGUGAAACUAUAAAUGCUGCUGUUUUCUUGCACCUGCCUCAUGCACACAUGUGUGGCAAGGUAGCUGGGCCAAUGUGCAAGUGUUUUCAAGGAACACUCUGUAACAGUGCAGGCAAAAGUGGUCCAUCACUCUUUACUGUUAGUCUGUGCAAAUAGCAUUUCAUGCGUGCUUGUUAUUAGAUGCGUACCUCGGGCUUGCUUUCGGGACCUCAAAGUGUUCAGGUCAUAGUUUCUGCUUUCAGUUACAUUUUAAAAAUAUUUUACAAGGUAAAAAGCACAAAAUAAGCUUGUGCCCCUAGCCAGCUUCUAGGAGAGGAUUGCCACUUGAAACAAAGGAAUGUCUUUGGAGAAGACCAGUGAAUGCAAGCAUUGCUUGUCUAAGAGCUAGAACAUGUACUAUUACGUGCAACUGUUGAAAGAAAUUUGGCAGCCUGCAGGUUGGUGGACACCAUAGGUCGGCAAACUCACUCAUGAGUCGACUCACUCAGACUCACUCAGACUCAUAUCGAGACGUGAGUCUGAGUCUGAGUGAGUCCGGGUGAGUAAAGUUUUUGUGACUCUGAGUCCAAGUGAGUUCGGUUGGGAAAAAUUUUGGUGAGCCUGAGUCCGAGUGAGCCCUAAGGGCAAAAUAUAUUGCAUGAGUGAGUCUGAGUGAGCUCCACAUUUUUUGCCGACCUAUGGUCCUACCUACUCAACUUUAGCAUUACUAUCAGCCCUAUGUCAGCUCACUUUGAUACUCCCGUAUACUCCCGCAUAUUUCAACGCGCUACCGUUCAUACGUCAGCUCAAUAUUUAUUGAUCAGAGGCGUGAGUUGAGGAGGGAGAGGAGGGAGGUGCCUUGACCUCCCCCCGCAAACUUUUUCACGGGAAGUUACUGAUAUAAAUAUCUCGUGUGAGUCAUGACUUUCAAUAAAAAGGUCCUUAUUGAACUACAAACUCAGAUAACUCGUAUUUGAAGGUACGAAAUCAAAAGGUGCUAAGCAGCGCACCGAUUAUGCGAGAUAUUGUCGUUAAAGAGCAUUGACAUUAUGGUAGAAAAAGGAUAAUUAAAUGCUAACGGACUCAUGAGUCGACUCACUCAACUCACACACUCAGAUCGAGCCGUGAGUCUGAGUGAGUUCGAGAGAAUAAAACUUUGGUGAGUCUGAGUCCGAGUGAGUCCGGUUGAGAAAAAUUAUAGUGAGUCUGAGUCCGAGUGAGUCCGGAUGAGGAAAAGUUUGGUGAGUCUGAGUCCGAGUGAGCCCUGAGGGUAAGAUAUGUUUCGUGAGUGAGUCUGAGUGAGCUCCACAUUUUUUGCCGACCUAUGGUGGACACUAUUUUUUUUAAUGCACAUGAUUUUGUACAGCAGGGUUCCUUCGGCUGCCUCACCAUGUCCUCAGAUGCUUUAUUUGUGUAUGUGAGCAGUUUCAACACCUUUGGAAGCCAGAACUGUUCUGGCGAUAUUGUGGUCACAGGCUAGCUUGUGGCCACGACAGUUGCAUUUCUACGGAGUCAAAACACAACAUGCUCAUCGACUCAGAUUUAAAGGGGCCCUGCAUCACUUUUCCUAGCAAUCGUCAGAUGACCUCACAAAUUGAAUGUCGCAAAAAUAUCUAGAAUCCGUCAAGUACACGGAGUUACAGGGAUUUGUCGUACGCUUCAAGCACUUUCACUCUCCUUUCAUUUCAACAAAUGCACCGAAAGCUACACAGGGGAGUAUGGCAAGAGGGCAAGAGGCUACAUCCGUACAGCAGUGCACGUCAUGAUCUUUAGCACAUUCUUUUCUUUUUUCUUUGAACGCACGCCUCACUUUCAGUGUGAUCAUGAGCGUACUGGUGUAAUUCUAUAUUGUGUACAAUUCUAGCACUCUAGAGCGCAGCGCGGGCAUGUCGCGGCGCCCCACGGUGGCUGUGGUAACUGUGCAUAUCAUGAUUCUCAAAUCAGCCAAUGGCCGUAAGCCAUGUUCAUGUCAUAAGCCAAAUUGAGCUUAUGGUAUCAUUCGUCUAGAGAAGAGCGAGCAAUUUCUAGCUGACUUUGAAACUUAAUUGUAAAUUCCAUGCUGCAUGCUGUGCUAUAAUGUUUGGCUCACAUGUUCACAGGAGCCCAGAUCGGCAGCAUUUUCUGACUACGUUUAAAACUGUUGCAGGGCCCCUCUUUAAGAGCCUGCUAAUGCACCACAGGUAGUUGAAAUCAAUCCGUAGUCUGUCACAACGAUGGGCCUCGUGGAGCUUGGUUUCGGCACGUGGAAAUCCACAAUUAAAUCUUUUAUCUUCAAAAGCUAUUAUUGCACAGGCUGAAGCGUUUGUUGCAGUGUUUGCUUUAUGACACACUAUCUUGGCUGCACAGUGUUAUACGUGAAGGCAGCUGUUUGUUUUGCUAACUAACAAGACUCGCAUAUAUUUUGUACUAUACAUCCAUUCGCACAUUCCCCAUUGCUGGUGGUGCUUUCUUACCCAACAUGCUGUGAUCGAAAUAAAUUCUGCACUUACAUCUAUGUUGCUUUCAGAAAUUAUAAAUAGCUGGUGCAUGUUGAUACUACUACCUAGACAGUUGGUCCAAGUUACGCACAUGCAAAAAGUAGUUGCUUGAAAUGGUGAAUUCGCAAGUAUAACUAUGUAUUCCAUAUUUAAAUUCAAUACCGCUGAAAAAUGUGGAGCUGUGUCAAUCGGAACACACAAUGCUGAUACAAAAGUAGGAAAAAAAGAGCACACAGUAGGAAAGGUGGGCAGUCCUUACUGCAUAUUCAUUGUCACUUCAUGUUGCUUAAAGAUGUCAAAUAGAGAUCCAAUCUUAUUUUCCUAUGUACACCUGAAAAACAUCCUUGAAUAUAGCAUUAUUUAUGCAUUCAAACUGACUCUACUAAU